AUGGCCUACAUAACAUCCGAAUUGGACAACGAGCGAGAGGGGCGCGAAGCAGCAGUAGACGAAAUGAGAAAAAUGAAAGGUGAUUUUAAGGAAAUGGAGGUUGCCUUGAUUUCACAGAAAAAUCAAAAGGAAGAUGCCCUCAAACUUUUCUCGAAAUUAAAGGAGGAAGUCGAAAAUGCUGUGUGUGUAGCCGAGGAUACUAAGGACAAAUUACAAGCGGCUAACCAGGAGGCAGAACGCGAUGGAAAGCCGUUGAAGGCGGUUAUAAGAAAACUUAGUGAUGAGUUGUCUUGUGCAAAAAGAGAACGACUUGAAGCUGCAAGCGAACGUGACGGGUUGGCUCCAAAUCUAGAAGCUAGAGAAGAGAGAGAUAGAAGGAUAUUUCUACUGGAGGCUGAUAUAUUGCAACUUAAAGAAGAUUUGCUCAUAUCACAGAAAGCAUCCAAAACAUCCAAAAACGAGGCUGAUGAAUUGGCUGCAAAAUUAGUGGUCAAUAUCAACGAAGAUAUGAUGGUUGAAGAGGUUUAUAUGGAAGACCCGAUUGCCGAAAAAAGAUCAACUUUGAAAAAGGUAGAUGGACAGCUCUCGGGAAAACUGGACACAGGGAGCUUGGAAGAAGUCAAUAAGAUAAUUGCCAGCGAGAUGAAGACUAAGAAGAAAAGCAAUCUGAGUCGCUGGAAUAAUAAGAUGCAGAAGGAAGCUCAAGUUGUGAAGAAGAUGCCUAGUGAAAGUGGUGCAGCGAGUAUAAUACAAGCCGGAAUGACAGAAAAUUAUGAACGCUGGAAUGAGAAACUGUCCAAAGCCGGGUUUCAUACACAUCAAGUUGAACGCAUGGUACAAUUAAGAAGGUAA